CUCUUAUGCUUGAAUUAUCACCACAAGUGAUCGUUUAAUUGGUCGAGCAUAAGCCUUUCCAAUCAAGCGUAGGUUAAGACCGAGCGAUAAUUAUAAGACAUAGUCUAAGCGCAUUUUAAUAGCUUGGUGAAAUAUUUUCUGGGUGAUCUUCCUGAAAUGAUAGAUGGCAAAAUAUGGCUUGGUCUUUUGGUUAGGUGUGAGUUGGUUUUUAAGUAGAGACUGUAGAACAAUGAUCCCAUCUUAUGUCAUCACGCUUUCAAUUAGGGCUCAUCUCGAGCAUCGGACGGUUUCCUUUAAUCUCUGUCGCUUUGUUCGGAUUGGCGGAGGGAUUAACUCUUCUUAAUGUACCAAUCAGAAUUGCGCCUGGUUGAAUAGCGUAAUUGACAACAGUGACAGAUACGUAGGAUCAAUGCUUGACAUUUAUGAAAUACAUGGAAUAAUAACUCCACUAGAUAAAAAGCUGCCGAGCUGUAGAAGUGCAGACCGCACUAUAUGAUGGGGAGGUAGAUACGAUUGGUUCAACCACCAGUGAAUACAGGACUUCAAAGUUUCCAGAAUAUUGUUGUUCUUAGAGCACAGCUUGAAGGCCGACAUGGCGCUCGCUUGGAAAAUCAAGUUACGUCGCUACACUUUUCUUUUUAUGAUUAUAUGGCUGACUUCGUUUGGAUGUAGUCUCAACACAGCCGCCCAACAAACCAAGACCGCCAAGCAAUCGCAACCAAAAUGCGAGAAGAUCACGAUUCCAUUGUGCACUGGUAUUGGAUACAAUUAUACCCAGUAUCCGAAUUUUCUUGGCCAAGAUAAUCAAAAAGAAGCGGAAAGUAAGAUCCACGAGUUCAAACCUUUGAUAGCCGUGAACUGUGCCCCGCAAUUAAGAUUUUUUCUCUGUUCGGUGUUCGCGCCGAUGUGCACCAAAGAGGUGAAAGCACCGAUCUACGCGUGUCGUUCGAUGUGCGAAGCAGCACGCAGUGGUUGUACUCCGAUGAUGCGUCGAUUUGGCUUUGACUGGCCAGAUACAUUAGACUGCAGCCGUCUUUCCCAGAAGAACGACCCGAGAGCGAAAAGUGAACCUGAACGACUUUGUAUGGCAGCGCCGAACAUGAAACACACGCCCGUCAACGAUAGCACUAUUUUGAACGCGAUCGAUAAUUUGGGCCCGGAGUUCAAAGAGAUUUUUAAGAAUCUAGCGGGAAAGAUCCCCACGGAGCCCAAAGAUGAUAAAGACAAAGUAAACCCCACUGAUUCUCUAGAUGGGGGGUAUUAUAGCAGGCCGAACGCGACUCUUGCGUACACUUACGCUUCUCUGGCCUGCACGAACAAUACAGGACCUUUGAAGACCAAAUACACUCAUGUGUCUAAGUACGAUCAGUGCAUUCCCAAGUGUCCGGGUGAGUUGCUCUUUUCUAAAGAAAACAAACGAUUUGCGAACAUCUGGAUAAGCGUUUGGGCCGUGUUGUGCUUCAUAUCCACGGCCAUCACCGUGUUAACAUUUGCCAUUGACACCACUAGGUUUAAAUACCCCGAAAGGCCGAUCAUAUUUCUAUCGGUUUGCUAUAAUCUGUAUUCACUGGGAUAUAUAGUCAGGAUGGCCGCAGGUCGGGAGGCUGUGAUUUGUGAUUCAACGAAAACCUAUUUGAUCAGGUCUGGGAUGAAUGUUGCCGACCACGCGUGCUGUUCUGUGGUGUUUCUACUUUUGUACUACUUCGGGAUGGCAUCUGCUCUAUGGUGGGUAGUCUUAACCUUAGCUUGGUUUCUUGCUGCUGGGAGAAAGUGGGGUCAAGAGGCAAUAGAGAGAAAAGCGACGUACUUCCAUGUGAUAGCUUGGACGAUUCCCGCCAUACAAACUAUCCUCGCUCUCAUAAUGCGGAAGGUUGACUCGGACGAACUCACAGGGCUCUGCUACGUGGGCAACACUGAUCCUAAAAAUUUAGCACACUAUGUCAUCGUUCCACUCGUCUUGUACCUCGUUGCCGGAACAAUCUUCCUCUUCGCGGGAUUUUUUUCCCUUUUCCGCAUUAGAACAGUGUUGAAAAAUAAGGAAACCAACACGGACAAACUGGAAAAAUUAAUCGUACGAAUCGGGGUAUUUUCCGUGCUGUACAUCAUUCCUGUGACUUGUGUGGUUGUUUGUUAUUUCUAUGAACAUAAUAAUAUGAAAACGUGGGAGAUUAUGGCUCCUCUUUACGUUCUCAUGUGCCGGGACGACAGCGCGUGUUUAGAGAGCUACGGUCCGAACACAGAAGUCUUCGUAGUAAAGUAUUUCAUGUUGUUAAUCAUUGGAAUCACUUCUAACAUGUGGAUAUGGUCAACGAAGACUUUCAAAUCGUGGCGGAUGUUUUAUAUAAAGAAAACGGGCAAGAAGCAUAAGAAGAAGAAAAUGGACUUUGCUGCAGCGAGCGAGAUUCGUAAGCCACCUCCAGUAAUUCAACCGCAACCACAAACUAUCAAUAAUCAAUAUUCUACUUUAAUUCCACCAACUCCGCUUUCAAUAUCAAGCUCCGCUGCUAACAACCCGUCAUUUCAGCAAAGCAAAGCAAGUGGACUGUCGCCGAUGGCUACUGUUUGACAGCUGUUCAGUCCAACAAGGCCUUUAGGCGAGCUAUUUCGCUAUCAGAUUUGUCAAAGAAUGACCGCUAACGAUUUGGGUCAUUGACGAAGACAUGUAUUAGGACACUAAAUCAACUCCAGUGAAGCUAAAAGCAACGUUUAACAAAGCCACCAGAGUUCCAACUCGAGUGAACUCUCCACAAUAUUAUGAAAAACGAAUGAAAUAUCCGAGAAAUAUAGAAAAAAACUUGAAAUACGAAUUUGACUUCAUUAAAGUGUUCCAAGAAGCCCAUUGUUUGGUACUAAGAUGACUUCACAUUGUCGAAAACCAUGAAAGCACUUAUUUAAGAUAACUCAAAGUUUUGCGUUGGACAGCAUACGAAUACAACCAUUGUUGAACGUAAUCCAAUCCCUAUUGUGACUAAGACUUUUGUUGUUUUUUCCAGGCUUUGUAGAGAAUAAUGCUAAUUUUUCUUUUCACUGGUUGAUUUUUCCAAACACUUGAUAAUGCGAAUGAAAACUACUUAUUUCAAGUCAGUGUUUGUUACUUUUCCCAGUUCCAAAACCAACACCAUUCAAUCUCCUGUUGUGAAUUUAURUCAAUGUUUUCCAUAACAAAUCAUUUGAUUACAUGAACUCAUUCUUUUAGUUGGGAGUGUUCUUCCCUACAGACGUAUUCAUUUGCAAGUAAAAUGACACUCUUUGUCUGUUGUAGAACUAAGUCAUCAAAAACGCUCUGAUAUUUCAUUAAUUCUUGUAAAAAGAGCCAAUUUUUUUUCCAUGAACAUAAUUUUUUAGAUCGUCUUAAAAAUAUUAUCUUUGAAUACAGUUUGAAUAAAUGUAAAAAUGUGAAA